CUUUCAGACCAGGAAGGCAAGGAUCUCAGCAGAACUUUCUGUCUCCAGAGUGUGGCUGCUGCACAAGCCAGACGGAGCAGUUCAUACUCCAUUUAGGCCUGAUCCAGCUUUUAAAAACAGAUACAGAACAAUGGCAGUGACAACCAGAUUGACAUGGAAUGAGGAAAAGACUCUGCAAAAGCUGCUUGGAAAUGUUUCCUUGAGUCUUCUUUAUAAGUCUAGUGUUCAUGAAUGUUCCAUUGAAGAUAUGCUUAAUAAGUGCAAUCAUCAAGGAUCCACUAUAACAGUGACUUACUUUCCCAACUAUAUUGUUGGGGCAUUUUUACUUGGGAAUUAUCCUCAAAAGGGUGAAUAUUGUAGAAAUCAAAAUUCUUCUUUCUAUUUUUCACUUAAAACUAAUAAAACUGAAACAACUACAUUUUUUAAUGUGAAACCAGAAAUUGUUUCUGAAAAACUGGAAUUUUAUUCCUCUAAUGAUAUCAUUUUUUCCUUAAUUCCACACAAGUCCCAAGUUUUUAUUCAUCCAUCAUUAAAGAUUCCAUUAGGAAUAAAAGGUCUCAACUCCACAAAUUAUUUGGAAUGUGAAGUUUUUCGAGUUGAAGGAAUUAAGAAUAAUAAAGGCUACAUAAGGAGGAUAACAGGAGUUGCACAGUUCAGAAAUAAGCUCCUAUCAGAGCUCAGAGCCUACACACCCUGCACAGAUUUGGUUUCAGAAAUUAAUAUUCUCUUGCUGGGUCCAGUUGGGUCUGGAAAGUCCAGUUUUUUCAAUUCAGUGAAGUCUGUUUUCCGAGGUCAUGUGACUCGCCAAGCUGCAGUGGGGUCUGAUGUCACUAGCAUUACUGAACUGUAUAGGAUGUAUUCUAUUCAAGAUGAAAAAGAUGGAAAAUCUCUGCCAUUUACGUUGUGUGACACCAUGGGGCUGGAUGAGAAAGGGGGAGUAGGACUGUGUAUGGAUGAUAUACCCCACAUCUUUAAAGGCUGUGUGCCGGACAGAUAUCAUUUUAGGCCCCAGCAACCAAUUACAUCCAGACAUCCUACCUUCAUCACCUCUCCAUCACUGAAGGACAGGAUUCACUGUGUGGCUUAUGUUUUAGAUAUCAACUGUAUCGACAGUCUCUCUUUUGAAAUGGUGGCAAAGUUCAAACAAGUUCAAAAAAUAGUUUUAAACUAUGGUGUACCACAGGUAGCCUUGCUGACUAAAGUGAAAAAUUACCAUGGUGUUCUUCAAGAAGACUUUUUAAACAUGAAUAAUUCUAUGACUUCCCAAAGCCAGAUAAUGAAAAUCCAAGCCAUGCUAAAAAUUCCUAUUUCUAAUAUUCUGAUGGUUGAAAAUUAUGCUCCCGAGUGGGAGCAGGACCCUUUAAAGGACGUUCUGAUCCUCUCUGCGCUGAGGCAGAUGUUACGAGCUGCAGAUGACUACUUAGAUGAUUUGCCUCCUGGAAUAACAGAUGAAGUUGCAGGAAUGUCCCAGAUCAACAUGUGCGAUUAGUUGCCUUUUUUCUGACACUUGGCCCAGACCUGGAUUGGCCUGCCUCACUUAGAGUCAAUCUCUGCGGACAGCCUCCUUGGGACUUUGCCUCCAUCAUACUUUGCCUUCUGUCCCUGACAGCAUCUAACUGAUGGUUCAUUCUAGGAUCAGUCAGACCUCAAGCUCUAAGGCCAACUCUGAGCAGUGGUGGAUCACGAUAUCCCUACUGCAAACCACCCUUCAUAUUUCUGCACCACUUACAAUUUACUUUUUGUGACAUGUUCCUAAACCUCCCCAGCAAAAUUAACUAUUCCCCUACCUCUUCAUCUAUAACACUUCAUUUAAAACUUCAUGUGCAUGGUAAUCCGAUUGAAUAAUAAUUAUUCAAUGAUUACAUAGAUAUCUGCUUCCUUAAAUAAACAGUGAAUUCUUUAAAAAGCCAGGUUUGGAUUUUACUUAUCUUGUAUUCACAGAGCUUAACACAGUGUCUGGCAGGAAGCAAGCAUACCCAUCAUUAUGCAUCUCUUUCAACCCCCCCAGAGUGAUAGCAUAUGCUUAAAUUUUUCUCAUUAUAAAAGGGAAGACUAUAAAAGAAUGAAACCCCUGAGAGAAGAAAUGGAAAUAAAGGAGGGAGAAUAUUUCACUUACCUCUGAAUGAAAAUAUGAAUUUAAAUUAAUUGAAAAGAGCAAAUAUUUUUUAAGGAGUUAGAUUUUUCUUUCUGUGAAAAAAAUAAAAUUUAUUCUUCUAAAGGACCCAUGCCUGAUUUUCAUUAAUUGAAUUGCAAACCACUCUAACCAUGUCUCCAAAGCAGAGAAUUAAAAUAAGAUUACUAGUGCAAGUCAAUAAGGCGUUUAUCUUAUACAAGUGCUCCCAAAUGAUUCUGACAUCCUUCAGGCAUCUGUAGAAGUUAGGACUAUAAA